CGCUGUUCUCGGCUCCGACGGCCUCUCCCAUGUGCUGAGGGCGCCCGGCUAGGCCGGGCCGGCGGCCGGAGAGGAGGCUCCUCUCCAUGGUCCAGAAGACCAGCAUGUCCCGGAGCCCUUACCCACCCUCCCAGGAGAUCCCCAUGGAGGUCUUCGACCCCAGCCCACAGGGCAAAUACAGCAAGAGGAAAGGGCGGUUCAAACGGUCAGAUGGGAGCACGUCCUCGGAUACAACAUCCAACAGCUUUGUCCGCCAGGGCUCAGCAGAGUCCUACACCAGCCGGCCAUCAGACUCUGAUGUAUCUCUGGAGGAGGACCGGGAAGCCUUGAGGAAGGAGGCAGAGCGCCAGGCGUUAGCUCAGCUUGAGAAAGCCAAGACCAAGCCAGUGGCAUUUGCUGUGCGGACAAAUGUCGGCUACAAUCCAACUCCAGGGGAUGAGGUGCCUGUGCAGGGAGUGGCCAUCACCUUCGAGCCCAAGGACUUCCUGCACAUCAAGGAGAAAUACAAUAACGACUGGUGGAUCGGGCGGCUGGUGAAGGAGGGCUGUGAGGUUGGCUUCAUCCCCAGCCCUGUCAAACUGGACAGCCUGCGCCUGCUGCAGGAACAGAAGCUGCGCCAGAAUCGCCUCAGCUCCAGCAAAUCAGGCGACAACUCCAGUUCCAGUCUGGGAGACGUGGUGACUGGCACCCGCCGCCCCACACCCCCUGCCAGUGCCAAACAGAAGCAGAAGUCGACAGAGCAUGUGCCCCCCUAUGACGUGGUGCCUUCCAUGAGGCCCAUCAUCCUGGUGGGACCGUCGCUCAAGGGCUAUGAGGUUACAGACAUGAUGCAGAAAGCUUUAUUUGACUUCUUGAAGCAUCGAUUUGAUGGCAGGAUCUCUAUCACUCGUGUGACGGCAGAUAUUUCCCUGGCUAAGCGGUCAGUCCUCAACAACCCCAGCAAGCACAUCAUUAUUGAGCGCUCCAACACACGUUCCAGCCUAGCUGAGGUGCAGAGUGAGAUUGAGCGAAUCUUCGAGCUGGCCCGGACCCUUCAGUUGGUUGCUCUGGAUGCUGACACCAUCAACCACCCAGCCCAGCUCUCCAAGACUUCGCUGGCCCCGAUCAUUGUUUACAUCAAGAUCACCUCUCCAAAGGUACUUCAGAGACUCAUCAAGUCCCGAGGGAAGUCUCAGUCCAAACACCUCAAUGUCCAAAUAGCAGCCUCGGAGAAGCUGGCACAGUGUCCCCCGGAAAUGUUUGACAUUAUCCUGGAUGAGAAUCAAUUGGAGGAUGCUUGCGAGCACCUGGCCGAGUACUUGGAAGCCUAUUGGAAGGCCACACACCCGCCCAGCAGCACGCCGCCCAAUCCGCUGCUGAACCGCACCAUGGCGACCGCCGCCCUGGCUGCCAGCCCUGCCCCUGUCUCCAAUCUGCAGGGACCCUACCUUGCUUCCGGGGACCAGCCGGCCACGGGGGAGCGCGCCAGCGUGCACGAGUACCCUGGGGAGCUGGGCCAGCCCCCGGGCAUGUACCCCAGCAGCCGCCCACCAGGCCGGGCAGGCACCCUGCGGGCACUGUCCCGACAAGACACAUUUGAUGCCGACACCCCCGGCAGCCGAAACUCUGCCUACACGGAGCUGGGAGACUCAUGUGUGGACAUGGAGACCGACCCCUCAGAGGGGCCAGGGCUUGCAGACCCUGCAGGGGGCGGCACCCCACCAGCCCGGCAAGGCUCCUGGGAGGAUGAGGAAGAAGACUAUGAAGAGGAGCUGACCGACAACCGGAACCGGGGCCGGAAUAAGGCCCGCUACUGCGCGGAGGGUGGGGGUCCAGUUCUGGGGCGCAACAAGAACGAGCUGGAGGGCUGGGGGCGAGGCGUCUACAUCCGCUGAGAAUUGGAGGCCACAGCGUGGGAGGAAGGGCGCAGAGCCCAGGGAAGGGGAGGGACCGAGGGGCUCACCACCUGGGAUGUAUCUUGCCUCCAGGGGGCGGUGUCGCCCUCUUUUCAGAUGCCUUUGCUCAAUAUGUUCGGGAUUUCUUUGGUGGUAUCCCAGCUCCGGGGAGGCCCUUAAGCCCCAGCUCUAGGUUUUUACCUACCUGCUGUGGAUGGAUAGGGGAUACCCACCUUUCUGAACUGUCCCCUUUUCCCCAUUUUAGGGGGCUCCCCCCUCCCUCCCACCCCCGCGAAAAGGUGCACUUCCUUCACUCUUUCUACUUGGGGCUCUAAGUGAAGGUCCUAAAUGGGGUGGCCUGUUUUUUCCCAACCUGGAGUAUCUGGGAAGAGUUUAAGCGCUUUUCCUGGAGUGGGAUGCCACAGACUCUUUCCGAUAGGGGCUCUCUUCCCCAGACCCCAGAUCCAGGGCCUUCACCAUGUCCACCCCCUCCCCACAGAUUCCUGGCAGCAUUGUCUGAUAGGUGAAAGCUACAGCAUGGAAGCCCUGUGGGGAGCUUGUGUUGGGUCUGGGUGGAAACUGGCAGGCCUUAGACGUAGCACCCUCUGCUCUCUAUGGCCAUGGCAAUGCUCAGGGCCUAGAACCCUGAGGAGUGGGCAACCCAAGACGCUGCUACCCACCUCACCACCUCCAUGCCUCAGCCUUUGCCUGCUGCAAGAGUGAGCUUUGCCUACAACAUCCCUUGCCUGCUGCCAUCAGAAGAAGGGGCCCCUUUGCAUCUGAGCCCCUCAUCCCCAUUUCAGCUGGGUGUGGAGCCCAUGGAACACUCUAGCCCGCCUCAUUUUAAACCAAAAAACAACUCCUUCACCCUUAUCCUGAGGCCCCAGGGGAGCGGUUCUGUGAAUUGGUGCCCAAGAGGGGACUACCACCCCAGGUGUUGCCUUGGGACCUCGGAUCUCCCCUGAGGGGCUUGGCUGCUGCUGCUGCUGUUACUGCUCUGUUUGCCUCUUGUAAUCCUGUCUUUUACCCAUGUCCACUUCCCCCAGGAGAGGCCUUGGUAUGCCCACUCCCCUUGGGUAUCCAUCUGUCUGCCUCAGCAUCCCCAUAGCCCAGCAGCCCUGCCCCUCCCCAGCAUCCCAGCUGGGCCAGAGAGAGCCGAAUGUGCCAACGAGGACUGGGCCCUGCCUGGCUGCCCACCUCAGGGAUGGGCACCUAAUGCCUGUCUCGCCACCUCCUGUGCCAAUGUUGUCCCACCCCCUCCUGGGGGUGGGGUGCAGCUUCCACUUACUGGUUAGAAGAUACCACUGCCCACCUUUUUCCCUUCCCUGUCUGGUGUCCUGUGCCCCAUGUGUCUGUCUAUUUGUCUGUACUCCCCUAGGAAAAGUAUUUUGCCACAUAUAAAACCGCCGUCCUGUCCUUUGCGGACACCUCUUGA